CGGCACUGGACUCUAGAGCAGUGGAGACGUGUUCUCUGGAGUGAUGAAUCACGCUUCUCCGUCUGGAGUCUGGGUUUGGCGGUUGCCAGGAGAACGCCCAGCCUCCUCCUGAAGGGUCACGGGGUUCCUGCAGGGCUGAGACGCUACAGCGGCGGUAAUGAAGAGGAGAACAUCAGCCGCUACCCUGUUCCCUACAGGAAGAACCUUCCAUACGACAUUGUGGAGCUGAUGGAGGAGGUGGAGACUAAAGGUGGCUUCCUGCCCAACGUCUUCAAGGUUCUUGCUCAUCGGCCUGCAGAGUUCCGAGCGUUCUUCUCCUACUACAAUGUGCUCAUGAACAAGGAGACCGGCGGUUUGUCGAAGGCGGAUCGAGAGUUGAUCGUGGUGGUGACCAGCGCUCACAAUCACUGCCUGUACUGCGUGGUGGCCCACAGUGCACUGCACCGGAUCUACUCCAAGAAACCCACGCUAGCUGAUCAGGUGGCGGUGAACCACAGCACGGCGGAUCUCUCGGCCCGGGAACGCGCCAUGCUGGACUUCGCCCUGACCGUGUGUCGCAGCGCCGCGGUAACAGAGGAGCACCUCCGAACGCUGGAGGAUCACGGCUUCGAUCGGGAGGACGCCUGGGACAUCGCCGCCAUCGCCGCCUUCUUCGCCAUGUCCAACCGCCUGGCACACCUCACUCACAUGAGACCCAACGCCGAGUUCUACAACAUGGGCCGAGUGCCUAAAACCAAACCCCCGCAGGGCGGGCAGGGCGGAGGGUCGUAGAGCAGAGAGGUGCUACAGAACCCGAAACUCCAGAUAGCACUUUUUUAUCGAUAUUUACCCCCUGCGGCCUGUUUUCUCGGGUGUACGACAGAUUUAGGUUUAAAAUUUAGGCUUGUUGUUAUUUGUUAUUAAUAAAUAUGUUUAACAUCCUACAAA